AUGGAUUCAAUCGGUUGGUCGAAACGAGGCGAUUGGCGAUAUGAAGAGAAACGACGACCAUUCUUUCCCCGUCUCAAACACACACUAAAGUUGAUUCCCGUCGUGUUACGCUUUUUUCUCUAUCGUGUUCGGGAAUGGUUGAAAGGUCGCGGGGUUUUCAUCGAUUUUCUUCAACAAAUGACCCAUUUUCCAUAUACUGGGGUUCCUCUUGGCGGAAUCGGCUCGGGCACAAUUGGCACCGAUUUCCGAAUGGCUUUCAACGCUUUCUCCUUACUGCCUGGCAUCAAAGAGAGACACGUUCGCAACAUAAAAGCAAAUCAGUUCAUUCUCACCGUGCACAACGAGGAUCAAAGUCGUCUCUUGUACCAAAAAUGUCUUACCGCGGCGAGCUUUUCAUCGAAAUCGCUAAGCGAAUGGGAAAUCGACUUCCCGAAAGAGAAACUACAUUAUCGAGGCCUAUACCCAAGAUCUUGGACAACUUUCACAAUAGAAGAACUUUCUCUGGAGUUGACUUGUGAAAUCGUUUCGCCGGUUAUCCCAGACAAUUAUAAGGACUCAUCUUUCCCAACGAGCUGCUUUCUGUGGAGCAUCAAGAAUGAGGGAACUCAAAACCUUCACAUUACUCUCACAUUUACUUUUCGCAAUGGUACUGGAAAUCCAAAAUUUGCUCGAGAGGCAAUUUGUAGAGCACAAGAGGUUGAUGAUGAGGAGUUUUUUGGGGUUGAAAUCGUGCAUUCGAUCAACGAGAUGCCGACGAAUUUUGGCAUUUAUUCGGACAAAGCACACGAGACAUCCGCGAAUUUCUUCAAUCCGAACGGUGAUGGAGACGAUUUGUGGACGAGUUUGAAGCACAGAUUGAAAAAUGAUGCACUGAAAGCUGAGUCACAAGAAAUCGGAGUGGCGUUGAGUCAACGAUUCGAGAGUCGCUCAAAAUCGAGCACUGACGCUCGUUUCGCUCUCGUCUGGCACAUGCCGAUCGUGAAAUUCGCAGGCGAGAGGCAAUUUCGGAGACGCUACAUUCGUUUCUUUUCCACCUCGCUCGAUGCUGGCUUUGAAAUUGGGAAAUUCGCGCUGAAAAACGUGGAUCUUUGGAAGGAAGAGAUCGAGAGAUUUCAAAAACCGAUUUUACACUCACUUUUGUUACCGGAUUGGUUCAAAUCGUGUCUCCUCAAUGAAUUGUACUUCAUUUCGGACGGCUCAACUUUGUGGUUCGAAUUCGAUGAGAAUUGGCGUAAAGACGAGCCGGGAAUGAGCGAUUUCACCGCCGAUCACUACAAAGAGUUUGGCCGUUUCGGAUACGUGGAAUCCUGGGAGUACCUGAUGGUGAACACGUACGAUGUGCACUUCUACGCGAGUUGGGCUCUUUUCGAAUUGUGGCCCCAACUUGAGCUGGGCAUUCAACUGGAUUUUUCUGAUCAAUUCCGAGCGAUCAACCUCACAUCGACGCAGGCGCUGCAGGGUGGAGAGGCGAUGGUACAGAAGAAAACAGGGCGGAUCCCGCACGAUGUCGGGAAUCCAAAAGGAGAACCGUGGCUAGAGGUAAACGCCUAUUCUCUGCACGAUACGAAUGAGUGGAAAGAUCUCAAUCUCAAGUACAUUUUGCUUUCUUAUCGAGACUUUCACGGAAUCGUCGAGAAGCGUUUCGAUAAAGAAAAGUCAAAACAAUUCCUCGAGUUUUUCUACGAUCGAUCAGUGGAGAUCAUCGAAAGAGGCUUGAUGGAAUGGGAUACGGAUAAAGACGGAAUCAUCGAGAACAACGGCACACCCGAUCAGACAUACGAUAUUUGGUCGAUGAAUGGCACUAGUGCCUAUUGUGGAAGUCUUUGGGUGACAGCCGUGGAAUGUGUUCGUCGAAUGGCCGAACAACUCGAGAAAGAUGACGAUCGGAAAAGAUUCACCGAUUUGCUGCAAAAAGCUCGUACGGCACUUGUGGGAAAAUUGUGGACGGGAAGCUAUUUUGCUUUCGAUGAAAAUCCCGAUAAUCGCUCACUUGUGAUGAGCGAUCAAUUGUGCGGCUUUUGGUUUCUUUCGUUGAUUGACGGGGAAAUUUGUGGAGACGUUUUGGGUGAAAAUGGUGGGAAAAUGAUCGACGAAGCAUUGAAAACGAUUUACGAAAAAAAUCUGAAAUCGGUUUUCGAUGGAGAACUGGGACCGAUCAAUGGAAUCAGAACGAACGGCCAAAUCGAUUUGGGAAGCAUUCAAAGCGAAGAGAUUUGGUCAGGGAUCGCUUAUGCUCUCGCCACAUUUCAUUUCCUUAAAAGCGACAUUGUGAAAGGACUCGAGUUCGCGAGCGGAAUCUUUCAUAGUUGCUACGAGCGGUUCGGAUUGCAAUAUCAGACCCCAGAAGCAAUUUUCCCGAAGAACUACUAUCGAGCGAUUGGCUAUUUAAGGCCACUUUCCAUUUGGGCCACACCAAGUGCGUUGAAAAUUAAAAUGAAUAUAAAUAAAGACGAA